UUUGAACCUGAUCAAUCAAAUAAUUGUGACUACCCAAUUUUACAUCCAAUGGGCGCUUUGUAUCAAGGUAAAUGUUCUCAUCCUAUACUUUCUCAGACUGUAAAUUGCGAAGAAAGCAUUUGGAUAGCUCUGCUUCAUGGGAGGGGGGGGAGGCUUUGGAUCUCCUCCUAUGUUCAGUGAGUAAGAAAAUGCUGUUUUCUAAAACCCUAAACUCUCUCUCACAUAAACCCUAGUUUUCUCGCUCUUCUAUGGGGCUUUCCCCUUGACUGGUUCUCUCUAUCUAGGAACUCUAUUUUUCGGCUCUAACCAUGGAGACACCCUUUUCCAGAAGCUCUUUCUGACUUCAAAGAUCCUAAUUUGGGCCUUGGCCAUGGAUAUAUCAUGGUAUCAAUCUUCUUUGUAAGUUUGGGAACCCUAAGUUUCACUCUCAUCCAUGGAGAUACCCUGUUGUAGCCCACGUGUAGUCUCUGCAACCCAAACUUUCCCUGUUCAUUGUAAAUGUUAUCCAUUUCCUUUGAAUUUUCAAAGAGGAUUCGUUCUGUUCAGAGGGAAAAAUUGUCUCUCGAAAGGAUUCUCUCUCUCUAAAGCGCAACGUCCAUCAUUUUGGGGAUACGUCUCCAAAACACUGUAAAUUUCCGUUAAUUCUACUAAAAUCAUGUAGAACAAGGUGUUAUAGCUCAAAUGAAAGAAAUAACGAAUCAGAUUGUUUAUUUUCACUUGGGAGAUUGCCGUACCUCAAUAGAGAUCAGGAAAAAUCCCUGAGAAAAUGUAAUUCAUGGCUAGAAUUAGUUCAAAAAUCACUGGCUUUGGCUCUAUUUUGCUUCGUCAUUGGUUUUUUACCUCAGAAGAUGCUUCAGAAGCAAGCCUUUGCAGCUCCGGCAAUGGUGACUGAGAGAGAGGUUUCUCGUUCUCAUGAAUUCUCUGAUUACACACAAAGAUUGCUAGAAGUGGUUUCUGUACUUUUACAGAGAGUAAAAGAGGCUAGAGAAUUUAUAGGAGAUAGAAAUGGAGUGGAAGCAAAUAUUCUAAUACAGAAUGUUAAGGAGGCAUUAAAGAGGGUGAAGGAUAAACGUCGAGAACUUUAUGAUGAAGUUUUGGACGUUUUGAAUGCAGAUUUGAGUAAGCUGAAGAGAAACAAAGCUGCAUUGAUUAAGCAAUCUGAGAACAUUGCAGAUGUGUAUUGGUCUUCAAAGAGAGAGAAAGAGACGCUAGUUUUGAGGGUAGAUGAAGAACCAGAGGUAAAGGAGAGGGUAGACGAGCUUGAUAACACCAUGAAUAAAGCUGAAAUGGAUUACAAUGAUGUGUGGCAAAAGGUCUUAGAGGUUGAAGAUGAGAUAGAGAGGAAGGAGACAAGGAUGUAUAGCAUUGUGAUUCGAGAGCUCUCAUUUAUUGAGAGAGAAAGUGGGCUUUUAGUGGAAAAUUUUUUUUCACAGUGGAAGCAGGAUAUUUAUGAAAGUUUGUCCAAAAAUAAUAAGAGUAGAUUGUCUAUACAAGAUAUUAGAAAAGAUCUUGAAUCUGCAAAGAACGAAGUUUGGGAGCAGACAUUCUUGCCAAUGAUUUUGGAUAUUGAAGAUCCUAGUCAUUUCUUGAACCAAAGUACUAAAGAUUUUGUUUUAAAUGUAACCAAAGCCAUUCAAGAGUCACGGGAGAUGCAGAGAAACCUGGAUGUCUCGGUAAGGAAGAAAACAAAGAGCUAUGGAGAGGAGAAGCGUUUCCUCGUUAGUUCACCUGCUGAAGAGGUUGUGAAGGGUUUUCCAGAAGUAGAAUUGAAGUGGAAGUUUGGAGAUAAAGAGGUUAUUGUUCCCAAAGCAGUCCGUCUUCAACUAUAUCAUGGAUGGCAAAAAUGGCGUGAAGAAUUCAAAGAAAAUGUGAAACGAAAUAUGAUGGAUAAUACUGAUUAUGGUAAAGAGUAUGUAGCUCAGAAACAGGAGCGUUUACUUUCGGACCGAGAUAGGGUGGUGGCGAAGACAUGGUAUAAUGAAGAGAAGAAGCGAUGGGAAAUGGAUCCAAUUUCUGUUCCUUAUGCUGUUUCCAAGAAACUAGUCAAGCAUGUUCGCAUAAGGCAUGAUUGGGGUGUCUUGUAUGUUGCACUCAAGAAUGAUGACGAGGAGUAUUUUGUUGAUAUCAAGGAAUAUGACAUGCUCUUUGAAGACUUUGGAGGCUUUGAUGGGCUUUAUUUGAAAAUGCUUGCUUCUGGUAUUCCAACUGUGGUUCAGUUAAUGUGGAUUCCAUUUUCUGAGUUGGAUAUCCGUCAGCAAUUUGCCUUGUUAGGAAAGCUGUUUUAUGAAUGUAUAGUUGGAUUUUGGAAUUCUCAAGGAGUAGUAAAUGUUAGAGAGUGGUGCUUUAGAAAUAUCAAAAACAUAAACGAUGAUAUUAUGGUCAUGAUUGGCUUUCCCCUUGUGGACCUCAUAAUUCCAAAACAGAUUAGAAUUAAUUUCGGGAUGGCAUGGCCAGAGGAUGUAUAUGAAGCAGCAGGUUCAACUGGGUACCUAAGGUGGCAAUCAGUGGCUGAGGCAAAUUUCAAUGCCAGGAAGAUGGAUAGUUUUCAAUGGUAUCUUUGGUUUUUUAUCAGAAGCAUCAUUUAUGUAUACAUACUAGUUCAUGUUCUCCACUACCUAAAGAAGACGGUCAUCAAACUCCUUGGUUUUGGACCUCUCCGCAGCAGGGAUCCUAAUAUGAGAAAAUUGAGGAGAGUGAAAGCUUAUUUUAAAUUUAAGGAGAAGAGAAGGAUUCGAAGGAAGAAAAGGGGUAUUGAUCCAAUUAAAUCUGCUUUUGACCAGAUGAAGAGGGUGAAGAAUCCACCAAUGCGUCUGAGGGACUUUGCUAGCAUCGAUUCUAUGAGAGAAGAAAUUAAUGAAAUUGUGGCAUUUCUGCAAAAUCCCAAGGCUUUUCAGGAACUGGGUGCACAGGCUCCACGGGGAGUGCUGAUUGUAGGAGAAAGAGGGACAGGUAAGACGACACUAGCAUUGGCGAUUGCUGCUGAAGCAAAGGUUCCUGUGGUCAAAAUCAAAGCUCAACAAUUGGAGGCAGGACUGUGGGUUGGUCAGAGUGCAUCGAAUGUUCGGGAAUUAUUUCAGACAGCAAGGGAUUUGGCUCCAGUGAUAAUUUUUGUUGAGGAUUUCGAUCUUUUUGCUGGAGUUCGUGGACAGUUCAUUCACACCAAAAAGCAGGACCACGAAGCUUUCAUAAAUCAGCUUCUUGUGGAACUCGAUGGGUUUGAGAAACAAGAUGGGGUUGUUUUGAUUGCCACCACGAGAAAUCUUAAGCAAAUUGAUGAGGCCUUACGACGGCCUGGGCGCAUGGACAGGGUAUUACAUCUCCAAAGACCAACUCAAGUUGAAAGGGAGAAAAUUUUACACCUAGCGGCAAAAGACACAAUGGACCAUGACCUUAUUGAUUUUGUGGACUGGAAAAAGGUUGCUGAGAAGACGUCACUUCUGCGCCCCAUGGAACUGAAGCUUGUUCCCAUGGCUCUAGAAGCUAAUGCUUUUAGGAAUAAAGUUCUUGAUGCAGAUGAAUUGAUGACCUACGUUAGCUGGAUUGCGACAUUUAGCGGCAUCAUUCCACAAUGGUUAAGGACAACCAAACCUUUGAGAUGGAUGAGCAGAUGGCUUGUAAAUCAUCUUGGAUUGGUUUUGACAAAGGAGGACAUUCAGUCUGUUGUUUAUCUAAUGGAACCAUAUGGACAGAUCAGUAACGGGAUCGAACUUUUGAGCCCUCCUCUAGAUUGGACAUGGGAGACAAAAUUUCCACAUGCCGUGUGGGCUGCUGGUCGAGGUCUCAUUGCGCAUCUUCUACCAAACUUUGACACCGUAGAUAAUAUCUGGCUUGAGCCAACUUCAUGGGAGGGAAUUGGUUGUACCAAGAUUACAAAGGCAAGGGACGCAAGCAGACAGAAUGGGAAUGUUGAGAUGCGAUCAUACCUUGAGAAGAAGCUGGUUUUCUGUUUUGGUUCUUAUAUUGCUUCUCAAUUGCUACUUCCAUUUGGGGAAGAAAAUUAUUUGUCAUCUUCUGAAAUACAACAAGCACAAGAUAUAGCUACGCGAAUGGUAAUCCAGUAUGGAUGGCGUCCGGAUGAUAGUCCUGCAAUCUACUUCCGUAGCAAUUCGAUUGGUGCUCUGAGUAUGGGAGACAAACAUGAAUACAAGAUUGCAAGCCAAGUUGAGAAGAUAUACAAUUCAGCAUAUGACAAAGCAAAGGAAAUGCUACAAAAGAACCGUAGGGUGCUAGAAGUUAUUGUAGAGCAGCUAAUGGAGUAUGAAAUGUUAACAGGGCAGGAUCUGGUCUCAAUUCUUGAAGAAUAUGGAGGCAUUUGUGAGCAAGAACCUUUCACGUUGUCUAAGUAUCUUCUUGAAGAUCCCACUUCAAGAACUGAUCGUUUGGCUGCUCAAACUUGAGGAGAGAGCUUUGGAAAGAAGCCAUGACUUUCAAUUUUGUUAGUGAAGGGAACAGGAAGGCCUGAGCCUGAGGAAUUUUUUUAUUUUUUCUCCCCCUUUUUUUUUUCUCAAAGUUUCUUUAUUAAAUGCUUGAGAUAAUGGAGUGUAGAUCGCCUCUUCUUUGAUGAUUUUGUAAAUUACAUCUGUGCGAAAGUGGGUGUGUAUAAAGGGAAAUGCAUGGCUUUUCUCUCUCGUGUAAUUCAGUGUUGGGAUUAUAUAGUGAAUUUAUCUUUUUUCAAGAAACAAUCUAUUAUGUGCC